GUAUAAUUUUACAAAUAAUAACGACUCGCUCGAUUCGACUUAUAAUAGCUCGCAAGGAUUGUCUAGACGUAAAUUGAUAAACGAAAUCAUUGCGAAGAGCGUUAAAUAUGACAGCUAUGCGAACGCGCACCGUAAAUACCGCGUUGGAACCGCGUUGAAACUCGUUUAUUUUUUUUUUUUUUCUUUUCAUUUCGAUGUAAUAAAAAUCAAUGAACCCGAAGAUUACCGUUAUCUUUAUUUCACCGUUGUUUCUCUAAUUUCAGUUUUCGCAAACGCGGUUAUCCAGGCAAGGUAAUUGCUUUUGAUCUACUUCCCAGUUAGCGAAGACAGAUGAUUAAAACAUACGUCACGUAAUUAUUGAACGUUAAUUGUUUUUUCAAAGUAGCAAUCUUUUAUUUUUAACGAAUAUCGCCUGAAACUUUCGACUCCGACUACCAGCGUUAUUUGUUUACCCGCGUGAUGUGUGAAUAAAAAAAUUGAACGAAUUAAAAAGCGAGUGAUUAAAUGCGAACAGUUAUUUCCUUCUUUGCGGCAAGCUGAACACAUCGAGUUCUCAUUUACUUUUAUUCGUUGAACAUGGUCGAUGAAAAUGGUCAAGCUACCGUUAUAAUUGCAUAACGUCCCAUUUGCUUAUCUUAUACCGCAAAUUGAGAAUUGCUUAAAAAUACUGCUGGUUUCAAUUCGUGAAUUGAAGAUAGUUCGACAUUGGGAAACCUAUUUGAACGCGGUCGGUGUCGCGGUUCUCAAUUUUCGCCGAAGUCGAAAAAAUCAUGCCGCGUGGGCCCCCGGAGGUCGCCGAUAAAUUGAUAACUUUGUAGUGCGCCUGAAUUCGGCCUCCGUGCCGAGAUAAUUUCGAACUGUGGUCAGGAUUCGUGAUGAAAAAGGUUCGGGAAGGUGAGGGAAAAGGAGUGCGGAGACCACCCGGUGGUAAAAGGGAUGAAAUAGAACGCAAUUGAUGCGAUUCCCGCGUUGUUGACGGACCCCAACUUCUUCGACAGAAGGGGAUCGGCUAAUUCCUCCGGGCAUAACUUCACCGCGGAUAUAUUUUAAGAUAAUAUAGUAAUUCUAUCCAACGUCCGUGAUAACCCAACCGAUAAGGAGGGUCAGAUAGAGCGAAUAGAGCAUCGGAGGAAACAACAUAAAAGGCGCGUGCCUGAUCAACCUCAGUGUCAAUAUAUCUUGGACGAGUGACUGUCGCGGAACACGGUCGCAAUUUUCACUGAUAUUUCAUUAAUCGACGCACCGAGACGCGAUGUACGGGACAUUCGUUCUAAACGCGCUGAUAGCGCUUUCGGUGGUCGCGUCCAACGAGGCAAAAGUGACCGUCACUCAGGUGCAAGUUUUGUUCAGACACGGUGAGAGGACGCCGCGUCUCAAAGAAAUGUACCCCAGAGAUAUUUAUAGCGUCGCGGAUUACGAGCCAUGGGGUCUCGGCCAACUGACAAACGUCGGGAAGAGACGCGAGUACAAAAUCGGACAGGUGCUGAAGAGGAGGUACAAGGACCUUUUGGGCUCGUUGUACGUACCGAGAGACGUGUACGCCGUGAGCACGGAUUGCGAUAGAACGAAAAUGUCCCUUCAGCUCGUCUUGGCGGGACUUUUUCCUCCCGGAGAUAUUCAAACCUGGCACACCGAGAUCCCUUGGCACCCCAUCCCCAUACACUACGUACCGACCGAACUGGAUAUCGUUAUGAAAGCGUCUUCGUGUCCACAAUACAAGGACACGGUCGCCCAGAUACUGCAACUUCCAGAAGUGAAAGCAAAAAUUGCCGUUUACGAACCGCUCUUCAAAUUUUUAACGCUCAAAACUGGAUUGAAUAUCACGACACUCAAAGAAGUCUACGAAAUUUACAAUCUGGUGGUCGCUCAGCAAGCGAUGAACCUGACUCUGUCCGAAUGGACGACCGACUCCGUUGUUAAAAAGAUGAGCGAGGUAACCGUACUUUACUACGCGAUAAGAUCUUACACUACUCAAGCUAAGCGAUUGAACGGCGGACCGAUGGUCAGACAAUUCAUCGAAAACAUGCGCCUGGAGAGCGCCGAUCGGGCGCGCGAAAAAUCGAGAAAAAUUUAUCUCUACAGUGCUCACGAAGUGACAAUUUCGUCGUACCUCCAAGCUCUCGGGAUUACCGAGCAAAAAAUACCGUUUUACGGAACCGCGAUUAUGAUCGAGAGACUCGAAGACACCGAGGGGAAAAUAUACGUCAGGAUGAUUUUGUGGACCGGAGUUACGGAGCAGCUCGUUACUCUCAGGUUACCGGGGUGCGAAGAUAUCUGCCCGAUUGAAAGGUAUCUCCAAUUAACCCGUGAAUUAAUCCCAUCCGACGAAGAAAUGGAUUGCCACUGGAGACGCCUGAGCGACUCGGAACUACGUCGCGUAAUCCAGGAACAAACUAGCCAAGAUUAGAAUCAGAUUUAAAAUGUCGAUUGAAUUCGUGAAACUCAAUCUUCGAGGAUGAAUGAAAAAAUAAUUGUCAAAAUACGCGCGAUCGGUGUGUUAAUUAACAUUUUGCAAAUAUUAGUGAAUUUAGGUAUUUUUGCGAACCAAUAUAACCGCGAACGUGUCAACCGACAUAUUAUUAUUUUUAUCCAAUUGAUUCGAGUCAAUUUAUUUAUUUCCAUCAACUUGAUCACUAUAAUGUAUAUUUAAGGGGUGUUUUGUUACUAGAUUUACGUUACGUUAAUAGGAUAUUUUAUUAUUAUAUCUGUGUACAGUUUACCAUUUUAUACGACAACAUUAUAUUUACCAAUGAUACAAAAA